UUCUUGUCAUGCCUGCAGAAAAUUGAUAUCCAUCCCAGGUGUCAUAGGUCAAAAGUUAAUAUUAAUUAAAUACUAAAUCUUAUAUAGUGCUUUUCUACUCAACUUGAGCACUCAAAGCACUUUAUGCAACAUAUCUAAUUCACACAUUCAUACAAGCACUUUUUUGUAUGUCUAAGUGCUUUCUAUCUAACAGUCAUACUCUGAACUCUGGGUGGUUGCAUUGGAUGAAUGCUUAAAAUACUUCAUGUGAUUCUUCAUUUUAGGCAGCCUUGAGUCACCCCGGCUUUCACGUCCAUGUGCAACGUGACUCAUUUCUUUGGGUUUCUAACUACUUUGUUUUCCAAUACAUGUCAACAAUUGGAAAUUUUAAAUAUUUAAAGAAGAGAUUGUAACUAAUAGGUAUAAGAUGAACAUUUCAAAGAGAUUAACUUUAAAAGUGAGCUGCUGCUACCGUUUUCCAGCUCAUCCAUCUAAACUGUCACGUGGUCGAGCAAACCGAUAGAAUCUAUCGUAUCACCGUUUGGAUUCGCAGAUCACCCGCAGUGGAAAAUCUCACAGUAUAUAUCCAAAGCUGACCACAUGCAGGCACACGGUGUGUGGUCAGCACUUUACAUUCAGUGAACCUACGUAAAGACUAUGCUUAAUAUUUCCACUAAUUAAGUAGAGCUACUUUUUUUUGGAUUAAUUAACAAAACAGAAAAAAAGUGUCACUUGAACCUUUGUCAAAGGGAUGGUGGCGUCCUAAUUAAUGGUCAUUCUAGCCCCAGCUUUGAGUUACACAGGAGCUGCCUGUCAAACAGGUAACCCUAUUGGAGGAAUGUCACCUGCUUCAGUCUCAGAAGUCUAGACAGCUGCACAUACUUGUAGAUUUAUCAGCACAACACAGGAGGACUUGAUUUGCUAUUUGUUCUCAUUUUUGGGGAAUGCCUUUUAGUUAUUUUUUAUAGCUAUAGACAUAUAUAGAUAUAUAUUUUGACUUGAAGACCUUUCCAUAGGAUGGCCACUUCAAAUGGCAAAGGUGAAAAAGUGUCCAAAUUUGAGAUGCUGAAACUUUUGGAGAAAUGCAGGAAAGAAAGGGACGAUGCCAUGCACAAAGAAAGCGUUCUCAGAGAGAAGCUCAGGCAGUAUGAGUCAAGGAUGCGUUCAACAGAGGCUAUGAAACAGAAACUGAAGACUCUGGCUCUGGACAACAGGGAGCUGAGGAAACAGGUGAAGGCUCUUCGUACUGAAAUUGGACUUGAGUGCAGCCCUAAGUUCAAUGGAAAGACCACCAAGGACAUAAUCAAUGACUUGCAUGAAAAAGAACGUGAGUGCAACUCCCUGGUGGAAAAGGCUGGAAAACUGAGUCUGACCAUUGAUGGCUUGACCUCAGAGUUGGCAAAUACAGUCACCUCUAAAACACUUUUAGAGGAUCAAGUACAGUCAUUACAGCAAAAUCUCAAGGAUAUGACAAAUAACCAGCGUCGUCUGCUUAAGUUGUGGGAAGACAAGAAGUCCCAGAGGGAACAGCUUGCCCUCCCUGCAAUAAUACAGAAACCUGGACUGAAGCCACCCGUACAUAAAGCAGUUCAAACCGACAUGUCCAUCAGUUCCGCCCAAAAGCUUCCAGCCAAUGCUUUUGAGAUAAAGCCAUUUUCACGGGACAGUGACAAAAAUACUGUUUUGGAUAAACACAGUUUCCCAUCUUACGGAAACGGCUAUAGUCACGGAAAGAAAGCUUUCGUGCAUGAUGAAGCUAAAGGAAUACAGAACUGACUUCACUGACAGCUACUGACUCUGCACUUGAGAUGGCAACUAAUUACUGGACUAAUGUUACAUAAUGACUGAGAGUAAAAUGAGACACAAUUUUAAAGCUGAUUUAUGUUCUUGUGUAAUUCCAUCUUGUGACAAUGUUGUUUUAAUAGCAUUUGCAUAAUUUAAACGUAACCUGAUUUUUAGGAUCGGUGAAAGUCGACCUUUCAGGAAAACAUUUGUAAG